AUGGGUCCCGACACAGCUGACUGUGGGUCCAGGGCAUACCAACACUUGUAUCUGCCUGCUGGUGGGUGGGGCUGGCUCCUGGGGCAGCUAGUGGAGAGGUCCAAGGUGUCCCAGGGCUGGUGCCAGCCUGCUGGAGGGCAAGGCCUGGGCAUACAGAGCCUGAGCGAGGUGCUGCCUGCACGUGAGCAGAGUCAGAUCCCAGGAACUCCGGCAGCAGAGCAGGUGCGGGGGUGGGGUCCCCGAGCUGGUGCUGGGCUGCUGGCAGGCAUCACCACAGUGCUGACCAUGACCACGCUCAGCACCAUAGCCAGGAAGUCCUUGCCUCUCGUCUCCUACGUGACCGCCAUGGACCUCUUUGUGACCGUGUGCUUCUUGUUCGUUUUUGCUGCUCUGAUGGAGUAUGCUACCCUCAACUACUAUUCAAGCUGUAGAAAACCAGCUACCACCAGGAAAAAAACAUCGCUAUUACAUCCAGAUUCCUCAAGAUGGAUUCAUGAAAGAAUAAGCCUACAAGCCCCUUCCAGCUACUCUCUCCUUGACAUGCGGCCGCCGCCGCCUGCAAUGGUCACUCUGAGCAGUUCCAUGUACUGGCAAGAACUUGAAGAUACCUGUGUCUACGAGUGUCUGGACGGCAAAGACUGUCAGAGCUUCUUUUGCUGCUACGAAGAAUGCAAGUCAGGAUCCUGGAGAAAAGGGCGGAUUCACAUAGACGUCUUGGAGCUGGACUCAUAUUCCCGGGUUUUCUUCCCCACUUCGUUCCUGCUCUUCAACUUGGUCUAUUGGGUGGGAUACUUGUAUCUCUGAAUGCUCCUCCUAGUGAUGAACGAAGAGUGUUAGGUUCCCCUCUUUAUCUUUCACCCUCCCCAGACCAGUAGUGACCAACUGGAGUAGCAAGGAAAGACACUGCUCAGUGUAUCUGAAGUUGUACAUUACCUUUGGAUAGCGCAGGAGCACGUGGCAAAUAUUCCUGUUACGUAUUUCAAACUCACACACACAUACACACAAGCUAAUUGAGUUUUAAAGAGAUGUUCUUGUUACUCCCUUACUGAGUCUGUAGCUUGGUGAUGGUUAUGAAUGGUUUUGGAUAUUGGAAGCAGCUGCCAAUGUUCCUUGCAAAGAAAUCUGUGAAACAUGCAAGCAGAUGUCUGAGAAGCUCUCUCGGGCCCCGACCCUUCUGCGUCUCUCCCUUGCAGCCCUCCACAGCACCGAUGCCCACGUGUGGGGAGCCACUGCAGGCCAAGACACACGCAUGCUGGAGCUCAGUGCCCUCGCAGUCGAGCUCAUGUGUGACUGCAGUGAGCUUCCACCCCAUUUCCUUUCUGUGGUCUCUUUCGCUCUGGCACCAAACCACCUUCAUUAGUUGGCAUUCCUUUAUCUCAUAGCCCCAGCCUGGGCUGGGGAAUGGUGUGUAUGCUUCACCUACAAUUGUUCAAUUGAGGAAAAAGUCUGAUUUUCAAAAUUCUCAUAUUGCUGAAGUCAAAGAUGUUUAUUACCUCUGAACAUCAGAAGGUUGUUAACUUUAUUCCAAAUUAUUGAAAGUUGCUGGUAUUCAAGCUUUGGGUUCUUGGACGAGUUCACUUUGAGUUCAGCACUUCUCCUUAGGAGUUGUGCUUCUCCUAGACCAAGGUGUAACCCCAGAGCAUAUGCUCUUGUGGGCUCCAGGAGUAUCUGCAUCUUGCGAAGAAAUGUAUACAACAUUCACAAGUCUUUGUUUUGCUGUUUUCCAGAGUAUGAAAGAAAUGUAGAUAGAAUUUUUAAAUUUUUUUCUUAGUGAAUAUUAACUUUCAAUUCAGAUCAACUUUAGAUGCAAAAAAAUGAGUAAUGGCUAUCGUCAAUGAUAUAUUUUGAUGAACAAAAAUUAUUUUAUACUUUGCGAUAUGGAUAUGUAGCAAAAUUCCAAAGAAAAAAAAUUCCUUAAAAUUAUUACUCUUUUGAUAUUUUUAUAACACAAAGUCAACCUGCUUCUUGAAGUUAGUUCUUUGUUAUAACUGGAUGCUAGUAUGUGCUUCACGAGACUCCCUGAGAAGCUUUCCGCCAUCGAUAAGAAAAGAAAAAGUCCUGCCAAUAGGUUGACAUAUGCUUUGGCAUCAUUCAAAGUUUGGUACUAAAAUUUUGGUACCAGAAUCUCUGUACUUCUCAUCUUUCUCACCCAGAAUAUUGAAUCUUUUAUUGGAAACCAUAAAAUUUUAUUUUAACUAUGUAUUGUACAUAUAAUUAUUACUCAGAAAAAAGAUGAAACAUUGUGCAGAAAAAGUAUAUGAAAGCGCUCAUUUCAUACAACUUACUGAAUGCAGACUAAACACAGAAGGGAUGGGAGCGGAAGAGAGCAGAAAAGUUGAAAUUAGAUGAGUCUGUUUAUUUUUAUGAACAUCAUUUCAUAUGAAGUGAAUGCAGGCUUAUUGAUCUUUAUCACCCAGUUUUCGAGGAUUAAGUCUGUAAAAUAUGAGACAUUGAGUUUCUUCCUAUCAGCUCUCUCCCUGCGUUUUGAUUUGAUAGUUGCUACAGAGGCCACAAGCCGAUUGGCUUCUAUUUAGAAAAUCCAAUUUAAAACACAAAAUAAGAAUGAAUAUUUGUGGAGAAACAGGUCGAACCUAGUGGCCUAGAUGACAUUUCUGCUCUGUUGGAGAAUUCCGCCUGCUAGCAACCUUGUCCUGUCACGCAUCAACCUUGUCCUGUCACGCAUCAUGCUUCACCUCCUCCUGUCAUGCAUCACACCACAGGGAGAAGGCCUGGAGGUGCCCUGAUCAACUCCCAGCAGAGCGCUGAGCACCCAGGAAGGGACGCCCAAGCUGCUGCUUCUUCAAACGCGAUCCCCAACUUUAUCGUUUCUAACAAUGUGAAGAAUUUCAGUCUGUUAUUUCUUUUUUUAAAAAGUUCUGGAGGAAACUUAAUUUUCUAGUGGAAUUCUUCUUGGGAGAAAAAUAACCUAACAUCAUUUUUAUGACAUAGAUUUAGUACAAUUUACCUUUAAAACUUUUAUAGAUGUCUGUUGAUUCAAGGCCAUUAAAUAUUUGAGCAUCGCUGGCAACUCCAAUGAAGUUAUACGUAUAGGAUCAUCUCUGUUUCCUGAAUCCAGCCGUCCUCUUCUCCCCAGCCUCAGUUAUUCUGCUGGUCUGAACACACUAGUUCAUGGUCCUUUCCCAUGAAAGAAAAUAUUCACCUCAAGAGAAUCUAAUAGUUAUUCACUCACAGAGCAUAAAACGGAGUUCUGCACAUAGAGAAAUCUGUCCACUGUGGGGAUCUCACUUAACAAGAACUCAGACGUCCCCUGAGAACCAGCCAAUGCCUGUUUUGUCUGCAGCCUUGCCUAUUCAAGUCAUCUUGUCGAUCUCAGCUUCAGAGAUGAGCCUUUUCCAUCUACAGUAAAGGAAAGUGUCGUGCACCUUUCGCAGGUACAGAGCCCAGGGGCACACUUGUUAAGUAUGUAUGAGUUUAUUUCCUGGAGGAAGAGGGUGGGCACUGGGAGAGUGUGAGGGAAAUGCAUCCCACUCAGCAAUGUGCUCGGCUAGUCGGGCAUGCACGCAGAGCGUAGUGCCAGGCUGUUCUGUACAGGUGUGGCCCCUCGCCGCCCCAGCCGCGUUGCAGUUAGAACGGGGAAUGAGCGUUGGUGGCUGCGUGGCGGCUGUGGGGAAGUUGUCUGAGUCACCUGCAUUCCAAAAGUGCUGCUGCGUCCUUCGCUUUUACAAACACUAAAUUGAGGGGAUGACUGUUCCACAUUUUGACAAGAAUUUCUAAUUUCUGACCACCAUGGAUCGUGCUUGCAAACAUGACUGUCUCUCUUUGAAGCUGCAUCUGGCCUGAGAGGGAGAGAAAAAGACAUUUCACACUAACUGAAUUAGAGCAAAAUGCCUCUUCAGAGCUUACAAAUUUUCAGUUUCUGCAAAGUCUCAACACAGACCAGAACAGAGACUCUCAGACACAGAACUGAGAACAACAAUGUUACUGUAAUUUACUCUGAACCCAGCCAAUACUGCCCCUAAUUUACCCAACAUAUGCCUUAAAACAACACAUAAAGCUCAAAUCAUACACGUCUUGUAGAUUUCCCGUUUCCUGUGAUCACCUGUAUUUCCUGCCAGGUUUUAUGUAUCAUUUAUAAAUAGAUGGAGAAAAGAUUUCUUUACAUGCCCAACAGUCUUACCCUUAAUUGUACUAUGAAGUCAGUUAAGAGCUCAGUUUUUGCAGAUUCUUCAAUUGAGGAAAUGCUUGUCCUUUAUGGCAAAACAUUUUCAGGUUACAUAUAGAAAACGGGGGCAAAUCUAAGUCAGUGACGCAGUGCUGUGAUCAGUGCUUGUGAUGGGAUGUUAGUGUUCAUACAGAACCUUCACACCAAGUCUUUUUGCCUGGUCAUAGCUCUCUGCGGUAAAAGUGUUUAGGCUUUUUUUUUUUUUUCCUGCUUUGCAAAAUACCACACUCUGGAAGCAAAGGCGGGUAAUCAAAACUCCAUUUUGCAUUGAUGCAUACUCGCCACGACAGGGCACUCUUUGUCUAAAGGGCUAGAACACAAGAGAAACAAAACCUCAUCUUUGGUUAUUUUUACCUUGGCUGCCAAUAACUGAAAACAUUCUGUUUCCUUUGCUGACUUGAAGAACUCUAACACGUCUCCAGCCACUACACCUAUCAUCCCAGAUCAGUGCUCUCAAGAUACAAAGCAUUUCUCUCCAUGAUCUUGCAACUGUCUGAGUGCUUUUUCUGAAAGUUUAUAUACAUAUAUACACAUGGAAUUUCAUCUUCAAUUUCUGUAAAAAGAAAAAAGUGAACGACUUGGAUGAGCGAUUCGAUGUAAAUAUACCUUGAAAUGUUUACUACUAGACAUAGACUUCAGAACACCAACACUUUAAAAAUACUCGGAAAGGUGUCUGUAAGUAAGAGUGAAAGGACCAGACUGUGAACACACCAUGAUGUGACGUUUACAAUUUACUGCUGAAGCCCUCCUCGAAUUGCCCCAAAUUGAGAAAGUGUGUAAUCUGUACAUGUUUCUUUUUCUUAAAUUUGCUUGUAGGAAAUCUUCAGUUCACACAGUUUAGCAGUAUCACAUCCAAAGAACCAAAAAAUAACAGUUCAGACUAAAUGACAGGCACUCUUUCAAAUUUCUUGUUGACUUACAUUUACUAUAAGAAGAGGUUUCUGUCAUCAUGGGGAGAAAACAUGUAUAUGUUGAGAUAAUAGGAAAAUAACUCAGCCAUUCGUAUCUGGAAAGAUAAAAUCUUGGCUUUCUGAAAAAAGUCUCUGAUAGUCUUGAAGAAAGACUAGACUUUAGGGCAUUUCCACUUCUCCCUUUAAAUUUUCUUGUGAUUGCAAGCCGGCGACUCCUGGAUAUAUGCCUAGUCUAGAUCUAUUAAGGUCAAAAGGAGGAUGUUUCCUAUUUUUUUUCCAUAAUGCUUAUUACUCUGCUCAUGGAAAAACUAAAUGUUAGACUAGUUUAUAUCAAUUCUAAGAAAUUAAUUGAACAAUCACGAACAAGUUUUCAACGUUUUGAGUUAACCAAGUGGGUUUUAAUAAUUGUAUUAUAUAGGAACAUGGACUCAAAAAUAAUUAAGAUACAAAACACAGGAGCAAGCCCACAUGCACAGGCACACUUCUCACACACAAAGCAAACACCACUUGGAUGUAGCAUGUAGAUAACGGGAGGGAAAUGUAAAUUUGUUUGGCUUAAAUUAUUCAGAAUCACCUACCUCCACCACUUCACUUUUUGCGUUUGUAAACGCCACACCAAGUUUUCCCAGCCCAGCGGGCUGCUCUGCAAUGUGAGGGUGAUAAUGGUUCCUGUGGGGAGGGCCUCCUGUAUCCGCUGAGCAGUUUACACUGAUCAGGUCGGAGAGAACAGUGAAGGCUAGGUGCCAGUGAUGACAUCCCCCAGACUGAGAAGGUGGCAGCUCUGUUUUUCUCUUUUCUAGUUACUUGAGAUUCUUUAUUUUUCCCACUGAUCACUUUUUCACAAAGGUAUUAAAGUUCCCAUUUUCUACUUAAAAAGUAGAUUCUUAACUCACUGUCAGACUGAUUUUCAGGACCCAGUGAUGAGCGCUUUGAUUUGGUCAGUUCUUAUUACAACAGGUUUUUACCUUGUACUAUUCAUGUUUGUAACAGGAAGGAUUUAGAAUGUCAGUUUUGUCAACUGACAGGUGACAAUCCCCGCCCCCAACACACAGAGCAGCACUCCAGUCACUCGUGCGGAGGCCAGACCACCCGUCACCUCUCUAGCUGUGGCAGUUCCAGUCAGCCCAUCCGCCAGUCGGCUCACCUGCCCUGUUCACCGAGUCCAUGCACUGCUCAGAGCAGUGUGGCCCUGGAAGCCACAGAGAGAUAAAAAGAGAAAAAACACAUUCUAGAGUGACUUUCAAUGUAACUAAAAGAUAAGUAAUGACAGAAAAUCCGCAUGGCUUGCUGAUGCAAUUUUCAGCUUGGCAGCAGGACAGAUAGGGUCUUAGAAGAAAUGAAUUAUGUUACAUCCCCCCCAUCAUCACCGUCAUCACUGUCACAUUAUCUGUGUCCUUUUCCUGCUCCCAUACUAGCCUUUAGCUAUUGAUGCAACACAGAGGUUUAAUGUCUUUCCCAAACCAUAACAAACUUAGAAGUUAAGAAAGAAAAUGGAAAAGUUUCAUUUCAGUUUAAAUAUUAAAUACUUAGAUCAUAGUUCAAAAUUUUGCUUGCCUAAAACAUUCCCAGAAUCGCUCUUUGCCCCAGAAGUUUGGUCUCGCUACCCUGUCACGAUCAGAAUUUGAAAUUAUUCCUUAAAGAGUACUUCACCUGAUUGCUUCCUGGUUGCUUGUGGGUUUUUUGUUUGUUUGUUUGUUGUUUCUAGCACUUGGCAUUUUUAUUCCUUCUCAUGGAGUUAACAUUUAAUUUUACCUGAGAAGUAUCUCAUUUCCCUAAAAUGAAUGCUUCUGUGCACACCACGCCUCAGAUUUUGUUAGCCCAAAAGGACAAUCAAUACACUUCUUAUACAAUUUGGGUCUCGGCUUUGAUUCCUUCCAAUGUAUCUUGAGAUCUUUACUUCUGGAUAGAAAUAGAUGCAGGUGAAACAUACUGAUGAAUUUCCAGUGUUUACUAUUAUACUAGCUGUUUAGAAUAACUCUAUUAAAACAUUAAAAAAAGUUUCAAUCAUUCUUGACCUUCAAAAUGACUAAUUUUGUUCUAGUAAACAAUGUUUACCUGCAUAUGUGUAGUACUACAUGGUAUGUUUUUCUUUAUAAGCAGCUCCUGGACGAAAUGAAAGAUUCAUUCUUCAUGAGCGCAUUUUCUGUGGCAGAUUCUAAGAGAGUAAACGUUUGCAGGAAUUGGGCCUGGGUUGUCUUGUGAGGGGCAAGGCGCCAUCUUGUGUUUACACGGAGUGAUGUGUGUAUUUGUGUCCCUGUGUACAGUGGUAAAACUGGAACAAUCUAUUAGCGUGUGUAUUACUCUACCUACCACCACAAAUGUAGCUGAAAAAAGUAGAAAGGAGCAGAGUUUCCUAAUGAUAGCAUAUUAGCUUCCUAAGCUUCUUGUUAAGGAAAAAAAGAGGGAGAGAGAGAGAGAGAGGUAGAAGGACUGACAAUCCUUAUAUUCCUUGAAAAUGUGGAACUACAUUCUUUCUUUAAAAAGAAAGUCAAGUAUAAACACUUGAUCAGAAGUUGUUCUGGAGUCCAAACCAGCCUGCCUCCGGCUGAGAGCAUCAGAUCAUCAUGUUUUUACUAGGGUGCACCUGAGCGACUCCUUGGUCAUUUGAGCACCGCCGUCUAUUUUAAUUGAUAAACCAAAAGUAGUUCUCAAGAUGUGGGGGCAAAUAGCUAUCGUCACAGUUGUUUGCAAUGUGAGAAGGUACCCGGGCUGGUGCGACCUGUAGCAGUUUGCCAUAGUGUGUGCGUGAUCUCUUUUUGAAGCUUGUGCAGAAAGGAAAACAGUCAGGGGCCGUAGGAGAUGCCCGAGGCAGAAAGGGAGAGCAGAGAUGCGGGUCUGCUCUCCGCCUGGAUAGAAGCCUUUCUGCCUGUGGUUCAUCUCAUCCAAGUGGGAGAAAGGUAGAGGGAAUUCAGAAUCUGAGAGCAUCUUGGAAUCUGCUCUGAGCACACAGUGAAGAGGAGCCUGGCCCAGAGAGGAGACCCGCCCUGCCCAAGGUCGUGCACUGGUCCGUCUCCAGGCAAGUGGACUGAGGACCAGGUCAGGGUCACCAUCCUCAUCACGUGGCCUCCAAUAGCCCCUGGUCUGCUGUCGCCCCACGAGGGCCUGGAGGCCCUGGCUCUGGGUCUGAGGUCCCACCAUCCUCCUCCUCCCUGUCAAGGACAUGACUCCUUGCUGGCCGUGCUGCUCGUGGUGUCCUAGUGAAAAGCGGGCACACUUGCGCCCAAUGUGCCUUGGCGACACGAGCGGCACCGCGCCCUGCUCCGCCGGUCUGGUCCCCGCUGGGCCCUGCCCAGGAUAGGCCGGGCCGUUCUCUGUAUUUGUAUUUGUAUUCUUACGUUUGU